GGCAGCGAAUUCGCCAGCGAAAUGCGCGCUUUAUCAGUGAUAACUUUCUUGGUGCUGACCCAAUCGAACCAGUUAGGGCUCGUUCGGGCGGAAACGCCGAUCAAAGUGGAAGCUAAGCCGCUGCUGCUGGAGUCCUACAUCCCGCCGGCUAUGCAGAUUCUGGCCUAUUUGACGGAGAUGAUGAAGUACGAUUUGAGGCCCACGACGACUCCGCCCUACGGCCCUACGACCACUUCCACGAUGCGCCCGACGCCCUACCACAGACCGGGAAUCUACGCGCCUUUGAAACCACCAGGGCCAGAAGCCUACCAACCAGCACAAAGAAGCGACUCGUACAAGGCUUUCGUUGAGAGUUUGAAGCAACCCAGCGGAGCGGAUUACUUCCAGCGGUACAAAUUGGGACAGAGAGCAUCGAAGUCCAUCCAGAAUCCGGCUGGAGGUGAUGAUAACGAUGAUAUUCUGGAUCGGGUCGCCGCUUAUUUCGGCAGGAACUUCGCGGAUACCUUGCGACUGGUGAAAGAAGUAGACAAAGACGUUCCGAAUAACAUCGACGAGCAAUCGCAGGAGUUUUUGAAGAGAUACGACGACUCUAACUUCAAAUCGGAAUUGUUGCGGCAGAAACAAAUACCUCCCACAAGGGCUUAUGUGUCGCUUCUCUCGUUGUACGAUACGCUGAAUCAGGAAUCCAAGAGGCAGGGAUUGAACAAAUACACUGGAUAUACGGAGCAAAUGCUGAAAGAACUGGCGGAUAUUUCGAGCGAUACAUCGGCUUAUCAAUUGAGAAUAGUUUUGAAGAGAAUUAUUGACAGACGGGACACUCCACGACAGGAAAUAACCAGUAAAAUCCAACGACUUAUUAACGAUUUGGAUGAUUUUAACGGUUACUUAAUUUCCGCGUUGAAGUACAUUCCUCCGUUAGCUUUUUCGUUGUAAACAGUGGUAUUUUAAGAUUAUAUUUCUUCGAUUAAAUAAUUGCAAUAUUCAGGGUGGUUUUUAAUAACAUGCUAAUACUGAAGGGGGUGAUUCUUGGACCCAUUUUAAGAAAAAAACUUCAUAUGAACAUUCAUAUGUCCUAAACCUAAAAUUUAUUACUACCUAAUUUCAGCACAGCUGCUUACAAAUGAUUUUUUUUAUGCGAAACGGUGAGUCGUACGAAAAAAAGUCAAGAUAUCAAAUUUGCUCUAAAUUGAACGGGGCCUCCAAAAAUAAUUUUUAUUUCAAGAAAAAGCAGUGGCGUACCACUUUUACCCUCAAAAAUAUUUGUCCCGAGUCCAGUACGGACGCCACUGUUGGAAAUAAAAAAAUGUUUUUUAGACCAAAAAUUGCUCUUUAAAGCAUAAACGCUAUACACCAAAUUUCAUUAAAAUAUUUAAAGUGACAUGGAAAUGGCAGUAAAAAAUUGAUUUUCUUCUUAAAAUUUUAACUACCCAUAUCUCAAAAGUUAAAACGUUUAGGACAUAGUUUCAUAUGAAGUUUUCUUCUUAAAAUGGGCACAAGGGGGCACAAGAACCACCCCUUCAGUAUUAGCAUGUUAUUAAAAAACACCCAGUAUAAUUUAUUAGUAAUUUCCUAUAUACAAGUACUAAGCUAUAUUGUCUGUAAGUUUCGUAACUUCUGGCACGCUCUCCAGCUUUUCGUACAAAUUCUGGCAAGCCUCCAGCUCGGCGUCUUGCAGGGCUUGCAGUUUCAAAGGAGUGUAAUUCACUUCGGCGUUGGUUACUUUAUAGCCCAAUUUCUCCAGCUGGCCCACGACUUGGUUCAAGUUCGUUUUACCGCAGGUGAAUCGGAGAGAAUUGUUCUCAGCUAUUUGAACGUCUUCGGCGCCCGAUAGAAUCGCGUGAUCGGUGGCUUGCUCGAGGAUUUCGGCCUCCUCUUUGCCGGCUAGAGACGCGUUCUCGGCGUCGAUGGUGCCCUUUUCUUCGAAGAGAUGUAUCCCGCCUCCGUCGCUGUAUUUCGCUCUAAAAAAUAG